UCUCGAUGUUCAAAGGAAAUGGUUAAGGUGAUGACAAAAGGUUUGUCUGGUCGCUCUGAGUGCUAGCCACUAACAUGGGACGAGAUUGAAAGUGCAAAUUUGGAGUUCGUUAACAAUUAAUUGCCCAUUAAGAAUCAAUGAAUGUAUCGGGAAAGGUAACUUUCGUGUUGUUUUUUGGGUUUUAAACAGUUUGGGCGAAAAAAAUGUGAAUCGAAUUAGAGCCAUCUAGUGAGGAUGGAACAAACCAAACGAACCAACCGGUCGCCAUUUUGUGCAGUUUAAGCUGAACUUCCGGGAGCUGCUGUGUUGCUUGAACACAUUGACAAGAGCAUCGCAAAAGAGGUCCCUUACCAAAGAGUAAAGUAACUCCUUACUCUUUGUCCCUCAAUCUAAUUUUUUUUAAUUAACUCUGUCAUUAUUAAUGUUUCCCCUGUUAAUUAUUCUUACAUCUGAUUAAGUGUAAAAUAGAAAAAAGUGUAGUGAAUAUAGUAUCCACAUACACUACGAAAUGUCAAACAGAGGAGGAAAUGGUGGGUUUUCACAUAGUGGUGUCCAACCUAACCACAAUUCACAGCGUACUUUUGGAGCCAAUAGGCCACAAACCAUGAACCAUCAGACAAGACACAUAAUGCAACCUAAUUCAGCAAAUAUCUCUCAAGCCGUAUCUAACGCUGGAAUACCUUUUCAUCAUCAAUAUAUGAGUCACAGUCAACCUGGUCUGAUGCAUCAUCAAAUGCCGCCUCAGAUGCCACAGAGGUACCCUACGCCUAACCAACAUCAACAAAUACCUUUUCAGUACAUGACGCAAAUACCGACUAUAUUCUAUCCCAACCAUGCCCUUUUACACAGUCCUCAAUUUGCUGCUAUUGCUAGAACUGUACCGGGAGCAACCUCAAAUCAACCUUACAAUGUUGGUCAGGGAAUGGUAACAAGCAAUGAGAAUCUUUCAUAUUAUAAUGACCAAUAUAUGACACAACCUCCAGCACAAGAUGUGAAUUCUGUGAACCCAGGGAUGCAACACAUGGCUGCACCGGUGGUGCCUCCUAAGGGUACCAAUGAACCCAAAGCUCGUAAGAAAGCAGAGAUUCGGGAUCCCAACACUGAUAGAGUAUUAACUGAUGAUGAUCUCAGAUCACCAGUUCCUUUAAAGCCCGAGACUAAGCCUUCAAAAUCUUCCACAAGCAAUGCCACAUCAACAACGCGUGAGAAUGCAGCAUCUGCAACGGAUGAUCGUUCUCAAAAGACACAGGAGUUUAUGGACGGUAUAACUAAGGCUGCAACAGCAACAUUUUUAAAGGACAAAACGAAUAUUUAUGAUAAAACUAAUAAAUCUGCCUCAGAGACUAAUCGAAAAGAAGCUACGCUCCCAAAUGAUACUUACCCUCAGUCAUUAAGUAAAGAACCUACUUUGAUUAUUCAAACCGAGACUUCUGAUGAAAGUGCAGAAUCUAUUGAAAUAGCGGAGCAGUCUAGUGAUUCAAAUAUUCCUAAAAAGAAGGAAUCUACCACAGAAAAAGAUGUUCCGAUUAAAUCAUCUCAAGAUGAUAGUGUUCCAGAUAACUCAGAAUCUAAAAAAUCUGUGAAGCCGACUAAAUCGGGUGAAUCCACCGCUGAUAAGGCUGCUAAACCAUCUGGUACCGAAUCAGCCAAAGCUGGUCCAGAGAAAAAAGUUAAAGAACAAAUUAGUAAUCUAGAUGUUCGAAUAGAUAAUGACCAAGUGACGAUUGCCACUGAUGUACUACCAGAGCCCAAAAAAGACUCAAUUAAACCCACUAAUGGCUCGACCACUCUACCCUUUAACAAAACUGUGAUUGAGAAUAAACCAGAGCUCAAAGCUGCUGAGCCAACUCAAAUAUCUUCCGCUAAUAAAGAUAUUCCAAAAUCAGUCGACUCCUCUCCGGUAUCCGAAGCUAAAGACACUCCAUCCGAGGAAAUUCGAUCAAUUGUCCCGAGCGACGCUGAUCAUGUAGCUGUGAUGGUUAGAGAAGACUCGGUCUCUCCUCAAGACGAACUUUCUUCUCCAAAAGAUGUAUCUGAAGCCUCAGCUGAUUCAGUUUCAACAAAUGAAGUUGCCGGUGAUGCUUCAGAAACCGAAAAACCAGCCUUAGAUUAUCCUAAAGUUAAUUCUAAAGGAAAGUAUGAAUAUGAGGCCGAAUUCUUACGAUCUCUACAAAGUCACCCAUUGUCUUUGAAAAAACCCGACCUCCCAGAUCUCGACAUUGUUCAACAAGUGCCAAUACCCCACAGAGAGAAGCAAACAAAUCGGAUCAAUGAUUUCCUUCCCUCUUACAUGGCGCCGUCUCGUAAUAAUCGCUCAUUACCACCUCGUAUUGGUGGUAGAAAUAGUAGAGAACUCAGGCCAUCCAAGCCACCAAUAAAAAUUAUUCCCUCUCCUUCACUUAAUCAAGAUAUUUCUCUACAUACCGUCGAAAAUGCAUGGAAACCUGCUAUCCCAGCUCUUAAGCCAACCGAUAGUGCAGAUGAAGAAGAAAAGAAGACGGUUGAAUUGGUCAAACGAUUCAGAGGUAUUCUGAACAAGUUGACACCCCAAAAAUAUGACGACCUUAUUAAACAGGUUGAUGCUUUAGUUAUCGAUACUGAACAUAGGCUUACUAAGGUUUUAGAGCUCAUUUUCGAUAAAGCUGUCGAUGAACCGGCUUUUUGUACAGAUUAUGCUAAAUUGUGUAAGCAUAUUUCAACGGCAGAAAAAUCGAAGAAAUCUAAUGAUAAAAAAGACGAUACUAGUGAAAAGGACGAAAAAGUUAAAGAGAAACAAUUUCGUCAAGCAUUGCUUUCAAGAUGUCAAAAAGAAUUUGAAAGCGGAAUUUACAAGGACAUCGACAUUGAAGGUCGUCUGAAAGAAAUUGCAUCAAUUAACGAUCCAGAAAAGAAAAGAAUAGCUGAACUUGAACUCGAUGAGGAUAAAAGAAAAGCUCGAAAACGUAGUCUUGGAAUCAUCAAAUUUAUCGGUGAAUUGUACAUGUUUAAUAUGCUCAGCGUUGUUAUCAUGGAUAGCUGUAUUCUUCGACUUAUUGAGCAAAAAGAUGACGAGGCACUUGAAUGCUUGUGUACUCUAUUAAGAACUGUGGGUGCUAAAUGGGAGCAAGAUAAUGCUAAAAGACCCAAACAGCCAGAUGGCGUUUCUCAAAUCACAUAUUGCAUCAGUGUUCUUCAAGGAAUCGUCCAAAAUCGUUUAACAUCAUCCAGAGUCCGUUUUAUGAUUCAAGAUGUAUUGGAUAUGAAGCAAGCUGGCUGGAAAGUAAGAAAAAUACAAGCAGACAACAAGCCAAAAACCAUCGAGCAAUUACAUGCUGAAAUUCAACAAGAAGAACAGACUAAAAAACACGAAAUCCAGCAACACAUCAUCAAAACUGGAGAAACCAGAAAAAUUCCUACAAAACAAGAGGAAUGGAAUAGUCAAAGAAAUAACAGAUCCAAUGCCCCUAACAUGGCUCUGAUGAUUGAAACGUUGAAAAAAGUAUCUGCCAAUGCUCCACAAACAGAGAAUGUUUCUCUUCGCCCACCAACUUGGGGCUCAGGAGCUUCUUCGGGCCAAGGAGCUGGAUCAUCUCAACGAUCACAAAAUUCUGACAGUAUUUUCGGUCGAAAUUCACUCAAUGAAAGAGAUAGAAAUACAAGGACUAGUGGCAAUACCAUGGGACGGGAUUCAAUGGAAGGACGUGUACAAUCAUCUGGUCACUCCUUCCGACCAUUCUCCUCGUUGGAAGGACAAUCCCACUCCGAUUAUCCCGGUAGAGCUUCCACUGGAAGUAGAAUGCCAUCCACAGUGGCUCCAUUUUCUAGUUCCUCAGACUCUGUUAAAAGAGAUAAUUCAAGUCGUAGCAAUAGUAUGGAAAAGAGUCGUCUCGUGGAGUCUAGAUCUAGUAGUAGUAGUAAUGUUGCACGUGAAUCUCCUAAAAAAGAAGCCGUUUCAGGUAUCAAAUUUGAGGGUGACCCGGCCAUAAAUCAUUCUAAACUUGAAGAGAGGCUGCAAGGCGCGUUCAAUCAGUAUUUGGUGAAUGGUCUUAAAGAUGCCUGUCGUGACGACGUUCUUCUUAUUUGCACGGAAUCCAAUGUCGGUGUGUUCGUCGAGGUUGCGCUCGGUAUUUCUUUAGAAUUCUCUAGUCUUGAUAAAAAACUCGCUGCUGGUGAGGUUUUGGCUUUCUUUUUGAAAGAAAAAGUCAUCAAACAAGAACAAUUAGUUAAAGGGUUACACAGUUUUCUCACAAUUUCUGAGGAACUUCUAAUCGAUAUCCCAAAACUUUGGAAUAAUUUAGCUGACAAUUUAGUUCCCCUGUUUUGCAGUAUAGAAGACUCUAUUAGGAAAAAAUUAUUUAAUAAAAUCUUAGAACCAAUUAAACAAGGCGAGGGCGCCGCAUUAACUAUGUUUCAUCUUUUAAAUUUUAAGAAAACUUCUAAAUUCCCUUAUGAUUGUGCCUCUGCAUGGGUCACCGGAGGGCUAGAAUGGUCUUCCUUUUUGCCUCCUGAAGAUAAAAAUAAAAGCCCGGAUGAGUUUUUCAAGAAACAUAACUUAACCUUGCCUCGAUUUGAGUUACAAUUGAAACUCGACCAAAUGAGCAAUAUUGUUAAUAAAUUUAGUCCAGCUCAACUUGGAGAGUAUUUAUUGAAACAAUUCACACCCGAAGAAAUUACAGAGCCUAAAUUUUUGCGUGCCUUGACCCAAGCAGUGGCGAUGAAAUGCAUUGUCACAGGAUCCAAUAAUGUUUCUCAUAAAUUGAACGGGAAAAAAUUUAGUGAAUUUUGUGCAGUUUUGGCCAAAUUCCAUAAUGGUCUUAAAAAAUUAGAAUUAGAAAUUAUCUUUACAGUUCAAGAGCUUCUAUCAGAUUAUGAAAAUCCUAAAGGAUUGCUUACGGAUAUAUUUGAAUGUCUCCAUAGGAAAGCCAAAAUAUCCGACGAGGCAUUUAUUGAUUGGGAAGCCGACUCACUUCGUGUAAAAAAUAAGGGUAGUGCAGUUCACAUGGUUAAGGAAUUCUUAACAAGAGUUAAAGAAGGAGGAAGUGGAUCAGACAGUUGAAGCCAAAACUGAGACCGAUAGGAUGAUUGAUGAUCCUUUACUCCUUCAAAUCUUGUUAUACGGUUGAUGCUUUUUCAAUUCAUCUUCUCAAUCUUUCUUUCUCUCUCCCUCUUUUCUCUCAUAUCCUUUUCUCUCCCUCACCAUCUCUUUCGCUUAACCGUCUUCGUUUUCACUUUCUUCCCCCAAUACCUAUCCCUCUAUCCCCCUAUCCCUCAAUACAAUCAUCCCUCCCUUUAAUUGAUAAUUGGAAUACGUGAAGGUUGAUUUGUAUAAAAAAUACUGGAAUAUUUUUUCUGUGAAAUUUAUAUGAUUACUAUUAACAUAACUUAUAUUUAAAAAAAUUA